AUGGGGGUCCUGGAUAUCGAGGCCACCAUCUCCAAGGCGCCGCAAGCCAACUCCGAUUCCGAACGAGAUGUCGGUGAGGUCGUCGAAGCCAACGAGAUAACGAGGAAAUAUGGCACGACUCAGCGAGGACUCUCCGGUCGACAUGUCCAACUCAUGGCCAUUGCUGGUGCCAUUGGAACAGGACUGUUCGUCGGAAUUGGAAACUCUCUCAGCAAAGCCGGGCCACUGAGUGUGUUGCUGGCGUACAUCAUCUAUCCGACAUUGUUCAUCUGGCCGUGCAACAUGUGUGUUGCAGAGAUGGCAACCCAUUUGCCAAUUCGCGGAAGCAUAUACGAGUUUGCGUCCAGAUACGUGGAUCCGGCUUUCGGCUUCGCUCUUGGAUGGACGUACUUCUUUGCCUCCUCCAUGCUCUACUGUGCGGAAAUCUCUGCCGUGGCCACCGUCAUGGAAUACUGGAAUCUUGAUGUCAAUCCUGCAGUAUGGGUGGCCCUGGUUAUCGUUGUCUGUGUGUUCCUGAAUGUUUUUGCUGUGAAAUGGUAUGGCGAGAGCGAGUUCAUCUUCGGGUGCACAAAGUUGCUGCUGAUCAUCGGUCUCUGCCUCCUUACGUUCAUCACAAUGCUGGGCGGCAAUCCGAAGCACGACCGUUAUGGCUUUCGAUACUGGGAUCAUGGCAAUGCCAUGCAUGAGUACUACACCACCGGCGUAACAGGAAACUUCCUCGGUUUCUGGUCUGUCAUCACUUACGCCGCGUUUUCCGUCGCCGGCCCUGAUAUGAUUGCACUGGCGACUGGUGAAAUCAGAAACCCAAGGCGCAAUAUCCCAAGGGUCGCUCGCAUGGUUUUCUUUCGAAGCAUCGGCUUCUACGUGAUGGGCGUCCUCGGCGUUGGCAUUAUUUGUUCCAGCAGAGAUUCUCGACUCCUCGGUGCGAUUCAGGAUGGCGCUGCCGGAUCUGCAGCGUCGCCGUGGGUCAUUGGCAUUACCAAUCUCGGGAUCAAUGGCCUCGCCAGCUUGGUCAACGUCCUCAUCCUGCUGUCUGGAUGGUCCUGUGGAAACGCCUACCUCUACAGCGCAUCCCGGACGCUGUACAGCCUGGCGCUUGAUAGACAAGCACCGAGAUUGUUCCUCAAGUGCACCAAAGCCGGAAACCCCAUUUACGCAGUGAUGACCGUCAGUCUGAUCGGAUGCAUCACUUUUCUGGUAGCCAGCAAUGCGGCCGUGACGGUCUUUGACUGGUUCGUGAGCCUGUGCACUUGCGGCUUCGUCAUUUCGUAUCUUUUCAUGAUUUGCACGUGGAUCGGCUGGAACAGAGGCUUGAAAGCUCAGGGCAUCUCGCGAGACAGCCUGCACUGGAAAGCUCCGCUGAUGCCUUACGCAGCGUAUGUCGGGGUUGUGAUGGGGUGCCUGGUCUUGCUAUUCCUCGGCUUCGAUGUUUUUGUCCCUUUCGAUGUCAAAGGCUUUGUGACCAGCUAUUUCGGACUGGCAUUUGCGGCAUUUGUAUACAUUCUGUGGAAAGUGGUCAAGAGAACGAAGCCUGUGAAACCAGCCGAUAUGGACUUUUGGUCUGGUAAAGAGGAGGUCGAUGCUGAGUGCUCCAUCUGGGAGGUAGAUGGCGUGGACAAGCCGACCACUUUCAUGGGUAGAAUCUGGGACAAGAUGUGGUAG